GCCGGAAGGGGGCGACACGAGACCGGAAGUAGCAGAGCGGACGGGCUGGUAGCAGCAUGGCGGACGCCGGGGAGAGCGGCGAUGCGGUGCCGCGGUACCGGAACGGCUUCCAUCCCGACACGUGGGAGCAGGAGCUGGAGGCCAUCCCUAUGUUUAUGAAGAGCUGCCCUGCCGAGAUCGACGCGUCGCGGCAGCCCGCCCUGGCCUGCCUGCAGUCCCUGCUGUUCGACGAGGAGAAGGAGCCCGCAGAGCUAGCCGCCAUGUACAAGAACGAAGGGAACGCGUACUUUGGGGAGAAGGACUACGGCAGGGCCGUGCGGGCCUACAGCGAGGGGCUGCGGCAGCGCUUCGGGGACGUGGAACUACGAGCCGUGCUGCUGUCCAACAGGGCGGCCGCGCACUGCCGCCUGGGUAACUACCGCUCUGCUCUCGCUGAUGCAACCCAAGCAAGGAAGCUGAAGCCCGACCACCUCAAAGCCAUUGUGAGGGGAGCUCUCUGUCACAUGGAGCUAAAGAACUACUCUGAAGCCGUAGCGUGGUGUGAGGAGGGCUUGCGAAUAGAUUCAAAAGAGAAAAAGCUUCUGGAAGUGAGAUCUAAAGCUGACAAAUUAAAGCGAGUUGAGGAGAGGGAUGCAAGAAAGGCAAAGGCAAUGGCGAAGAAAGAACAGAGUCAAAAGGAGCGUUUGCUUGCAGCAAUAAAGGAAAGAAAUAUCAAGCUGGUUGUUGAACCUUCAAGUGAAGAAGAAGAAAUAUCAGGUAGUCUGGCUGAGAUAUGUCUGAAUGGUUUCCACUCUGACAGUGCCACAGGGGCAAAGGUGCACUUAGAUGCUGAUGGCAACCUAAACUGGCCUGUUCUCUUCCUGUACCCUGAGCAUGAACAAACAGACUUCAUCAAGGCUUUUCAUGAGAACUCCAGAUUUAUCGAUCAUUUAAUGGUGAUGUUUGCUGAGUUACCUCCUUGGGAUUUAGAGAGAAAGUACCUUCCCAGCAAUCUCCAGCUCUAUUUUGAAGAUGAAGAAAGAGCAGAAAUGUAUGAGCUGAACCCAGCACACACAUUGCUACAAGUGCUGCAGCACCAAAGGUAUUUUGUAAAGGCGGGGACUCCGACAGUGCUGGCUUUUGUGAAGAGUUCUCCCUUCUCUAAGAAGUAUUUCAGUGGCAAGAAGGUGCAUCGGCUGUAAUGAGCAGGAAGGAACCGAGGAAUCAUGUGCAAGGGCUUGCUGUUCCAUCUCGGCUGCAGACAGCAAACUUCUGCUUGCACAGAAAUGCCUUGCACACUUCAGGGGAGAAAUAGUCUUGGCACACACAGAAACUUCCAGCAAAGAAGCGUAGAAGGAGAAUGAAGGGCUUACAAGAGGGGAUUAUUUGUUUAAAUAGAAAUCCAGCUGGCUUGCAGAAGGUCUCCUCUAUGACAGGCUGCAUGGGGCUUUGAAAUAAACCUGAAACAGUGCCAGACAUUGGCUGCAGCUGAAGCAACAGCAGCUGGGAAUGUACUUACCUGUGAAAAAUCACUGAUUUCCUGCGAGGAGGGCUGUAGUUGCCAGGGUUUAAUAGCAGUGCUCUGGGGUGAGUUACCUGCCUGCUGCCACGAGCUGAGUGCAGCUAGGCUCCUGCAUGGGCCAUUGCAGCUCUGAGGAUUAGCAGCAGCUGGUUUUCACUGCUCAGAGCUGCUGCUGGCCAGGGGAGAGCAGAGCUCUUUGUCUGGAGCAGCAUGUUUUACUGACUCUUUUGCUACCUAUAUAAACUGGAGCUAGACAUGUCUAUUUUAAGCAGGCUGAUUCCUGUCUAAUAAAUGAGGUGAUCCUUUUUUCUCACCGUAUGAAAUACUGAAA